UAUUUGUAAACAAAAUAUAAUACCGUAGAACGUGGUAAUAAAAUAACAAUUAAACUCUGUGUUUGUAUGUAUGGAAGCGAGAAACGUUAAAGAGAAACAAAGAAAAAAGUAGGGAUAAGAAGCUAUUCGCUAUGCGAGUCAAGUUAGCACGUGUAUGUGUCGAAACGUGCUUCUUUCCUCUACUUUAUCAAUAGAUUUAAGAAUGUACAUUAGAUAUUUGUGAUUAUUAGUAUAUUUCUAUUGAAAUUUACAUAUAAAUUGAUACUUGAAAUUGAAUAAUAGUAGUUAUUAUUACGACGCCGAUAUAUGUAGAGGCAGUUAAUAGUAGUAGCGGUCAAAAUGGCGAACGCGGCUUGUACCGCGUUUUCUCAAGACGGUCAAUAUUUUGCUUAUUGUGGCAGUGAUGGAAAAUUGAAGAUUUGGGAGACAGCAACGAGCAGACUUAAGCAAGAAUACGUACCAAAUUUACAUCUAUAUUCUCCAUGUAGUGUCUUAUGUUGGAUCUCCGUAAAUACUCAGGCAACAACCACGUCGCUCUCACCAUGGAAGAAACGCAGAAGGAAGUUAAUCUCAGAAGAGGUAGAACAAAAAGGAAUUAUUGCUAUGGGAUCUAUAAAUGGAAAGAUCACUUUAUAUGAUACUGCAGCUGCUGCUGUUUGUGGUCAAUUAGAAAAUGGCCAUUCUUCAUGUGUAACAGCUUUGACUUGGUCGGCAAAUUGUGGUUUAUUUACAGCCGCAGAUGAUUAUCAUAUAGUUGAAUGGAAUAUUAAAGAAAAUGGGAUAAAAUGUAAGUGGAAAUCUGGUAAGGCAAAAGUUACAGCCUUAGCAGUAAUGCAAGAUGGAAAAUCCAUGAUCUCUGCAGAAAGAAUAAUCAAAUGGUGGAAUUUGUCCACAAAGCAAAUCAUUAGGACUUUUACUGGACAUGCUGGUCAAGUUACUUCUUUAAAUCCAAUAACAGUGAACAAAAAUGCUAGUUAUUUAAUCAGUGGAGCAAGUGAAGAUGGAUAUCUUAAUAUAUGGGCUCUAGAUGAAACCAAGAAUGAUAAAUGUUCUGUGGCCACAUUAGCGAUGCAAGAUGAAGCUUUAUCUGUUUCUGUACAUGUGAAUGAAGAGAGUCAAGUAAUGGUAUUAGCCAUUACUAGGUCAGGACAAGCACAUGUCUUUAAAUAUCAACCUAAUGGUCGUUCUAAGCCUCUGAAGCCUACACUGAAUAUUGCAGUUGCUUCAGAUGUACAUCAGAAAGAAACUAUACAGCAGAUUCCUAUUCUUAUGGCAAAAUUGAUAGAAAAUGAAAAAUUAUUGUUAGCAUAUGGUUCUUAUAUGAACCUGACAUUUGAAAAAGUUACACCAGAUUUUUCAGAUAAAAUACAGUAUUUAAUACGUUCAGAAGUGAAAAGAACAAAAGAAAGGAAAGAGGAAUCAGUUACAAAAGUAAAAGCCACCAUUACAGAAGAUAAUGUAGAAUAUAUUGUACCUGGAGCAGGAAGUACAGCAACAAAAAGAAAUAGAACCAGUUCAGCAGGUUCUCAAUUACCUUUGAAGGAUAGAUUGGAAAAUCUUAGUUUGAAUGUAGAAACAAAUGCUAUAGGUAGGACUCCUUCAAAAGGAGCUAAUAUGAUACAGUUGUUGAUGCAAGGAUUAAAUAGCAAAGAUAGGACAAUUUUAAAUAAUGUAUUAUUUACUAAAAACGAAAGAAUAAUUAGGAACACUAUUGCCAAAUUGCCUAUCCAAGCAAUAACACCUCUGCUUAAAGAAUUAUGCGCAAUGUUACAAGGCAAAACAUAUCCGAGUAAGAUAGCUACUAUGUGGUUGCAAAUAUUGAUAACAACGCAUGCAGCACAUCUCCUAUCACAUCCAGAUAUUGGAGAAUCACUUAGUCCUAUUUUGAGUUUGAUUGAUGCAAAACUAAUGUUAUUAACACAAAUAUCCAGAUUAAGAGGACGUGUUUCGCUUAUAACAGGACAAAUAACUAGAAGCAAAGAAGAACAAGACAAUAAUAUAAUGGAGGAGACUUUGCUUGUUUAUCAAGAUGCAGAUUCAUCUGACGAAGGUCCGGCUGUGGAAGAGGUAGACCUAGAAAGUGAAUCAGAUGAAAAUUGGGAGGAAAUGUCUGAUCAAGAAGAACAAGAAGAGCAUAAUGAAGAUGACAAUAAAAGUGUUAUAUCUAAAGAUGAAAAUGAUUCUAUAAGCAGUUGAAUGUUUAUCGUCAUUGUACGAUUAUUUGUCAUAAAUGAUAAAUGUUUAAUCCCAAUGUAAAUUAUAAGAUAGAAUUUAUUUUUAGAUCCGACUUUGAGUUCCUGAGGGCCGUGAAUAGUAAAUAUGAGUGGCGGCAAUAAUAUUGUACGAAAUCCUUAAAUAGAAUGUAUCUACAAUCUUUUCGUGUCUCCAAAUUGGAUUUUGGGCCAUUUAAGAUGUAAUUUUACAAUCUGUUUAGGGUUUAUACCAAACAAUUAUUCAUAAUACUUAUGAAUAUACUUAUUGUAAAAACUGAUACAUAAUGAAAACCACAUGUAAAGUUCAAGAAUGACAUAUUCUUACUUUUUCAUAAUGCUACACUUCUUAAAUAUAUUGCAAGCAUAAAGUCGAAUUGUACAUAUUAAAGAAAUAUUUGUUUAUCAUCUACGUUUUCUUGUUUUUCUUAAUUUUCAUAGUAACCUAAAUUUUAGUAGCAUGUGAAAAAAUAGGACGUUAUCGAUGAUAAUUUUUGAGCUUUAAUUAACAAGUACUGGUUGUAUCAUUUCUAUUUGUUAUUUGAAUAUCGACAAAAAAUAUAUAUGUGUAUAUAUAUAUAUAUAUAUAUAUAUAUAUAUAUAUUACUUUUAUACUAUAUAAAAUCCCGGUUAUGCACUUAGAAUGCCACUAUAUUUAAACCGAGGAGUCCAUUUUCAGGUACAAAUAAAACAAAUUAAUAAGAAUAUCGAAGAUUUGUAUUUUUUCAUAUAUCGAACUAUAUGAUAAUUUGUUGAAACAUUGUGUCAUUUAACCGUUGUCAACAUCAUCUUAUUUACCAUCAUUAAUUAUGAUCAAACAUUCGUUAUUGAAAGAAAAUUUGUAUUUAUUCAAAUAGAUUAUUGUUAAAAGAUAAUAUGGAUGCCAUCAUUUCAAUGACGAGUUUUUAUUAUGUAAUGUCUAAAUUUUCUAAUCUUCUAAUUACAUUGAAACAAAAAAUUGACAAAUUACGAAACGAAAUUCGUGAAGAUAUAAAUAAUUUUAAUAAAAAUGAUGAACAUAUUGUGAACUCGAAUCAAGAAAUUGGAGCUAAUAACAAGUUAAAAAUAUACGUAACUAUACUUGAUUUGGAAAAGCAAUUAAAUAUAUUAGAAAAUACUUUUAA